AGCCGAACCCUGACCCGAUUGAUAUCCCUCCUACUUCCCACCCCCCAAUUCCAUGAAGAACAGAUAAUCAAAGAAGUACAACCACAAUGUUAAUAUCGCGAGCACGAUACUUCACUCGCCAGAGCCAGAAUCAGCUCUAUAUAUCGCACACAGCGCAGUCUUCUCUCUCACCCACAACGACAAUAUGCCGUUCCGGCCACUGCACAGACCACCGAGGAAAUAGUAAGUAUCAUUGACAUGGAGAUUUCAACAGAAAAUGUUAACUUUCACUCUUCAGGUCCACAAUGAUGACUUUCUACAAGGAAGCGCAGCAACCUACAUCGACAUGAUGUACUCGUCGUGGAAGAAUGACCCGUCCUCUGUGCAUCUUUCAUGGCAGGCGUAUUUUCACAAUGUCGAGAAUGGCCACAUACCCAUGGACCAGGCAUUCAUGCCGCCUCCAGGUCUAGUGACGGCAUCGACGAGUGUAUCAAUCGCACCAAAUUCGCGAGAAAAUAGCCUCACUGUCAAGCAGUUGAAGGCGAUUCAACUGAUCCAGGAGUAUCAGAGAUGGGGACACGAGUAUGCAUCUACUGAUCCGUUGGGGAUGGCGAACGAGGGGAAGAUUCGUCGGAAAGAGCUGCAAUUGAGCCAUUAUGGGCUCGGUGAGCAGGAUCUCGAUCUCGUGCUUACCGCUGGGACAGGCUCUAUGCAGGAUUUCACAUCUGAGAAGCCCAAAACCCUGCGGGAGAUUAUCGCUGCCUGUGAGGAGACUCAUUGCAGCAUGAUGGGAGUCGAAUACAUGCAUAUCUCGAAUCAGGAGCAGGUGGACUGGAUCCGAGCUCGUAUUGAGGGCGCGCAGCGCCAUCGGUUCACUGACGAGGAUAAACGACAUAUGUUGCAUGGUCUUGUCCGCGCUACUAGUUGGGAGAAGUUUAUUGCGACUAAGUUUCCGAAUGAGAAGCGGUUCGGGUUGGACGGUGUCGAGAGCUAUAUUCCUGCGCUGGAGGCUGCGAUUGAUAGGUCGGCUGAACAUGGUGUUGAUAAGAUUGAAAUGGGGGUUGCGCAUCGCGGCCGCAUGAAUAUGCUGUACAACAUUAUCGGGAAGGAUGGGGCGGCCAUGUUCCAUGAUUUUGAUCCCAAGGGGACCUCCCAUUGGGGUAUUCCUGGGGAUGUUAAAUAUCAUUACGGUGGUAGUGGCGAGCAUGUAGCAUCUUCCGGUAAGAGAGUGUAUAUGAACGUGCUGCCUCAACCAUCGCAUUUGGAUUCGGUGAACCCGGUUGUUAUGGGCAAGACGCGCGGGAUCCAGGAUCGCCUUGCGGAUGGCCAGGAUUCCACAAUGAUGCUUAACGUGCAUACGGAUGCGUCAUUUGCCGCUCAGGGCACGAUAUACGAGACGUUAGGGCUUUCAGGUUUGCCCGGGUACACCACUGGCGGCACGCUGCGCGUGAUUGUUAACAACCAGGUUGGCUUCACAACGGAUAUGUGGCAGGCAAGGUCGACCCCUUACUGCACUGAUGUGGCCAAGGUGCUGGAUGCACCAGUGUUCCAUGUUAACGGAGACGAUGUCGAAGCGGUUUGCUCGGCGGCGAUUCUUGCAGCUGAUUUCCGGGCACAAUUUAAGAAAGAUUGUGUGGUCGAUAUCAUUUGCUAUCGGCGCAACGGACACAAUGAGAUGGAUCAGGCUUCUUUCACUCAUCCUACCAUGCACAGGCGGAUUGCUGAUAAGGUCCAUAUUUUGGACCGGUACGAGGCAGGGCUGAUUGAGCAAAGCAUCGUAACACGGGAGCAAGUGGAUGGCAUGAAAAAUGAUGCUUGGGACAAACUUACGCAGUGCUUGGAAAAGAGUGGCGAUCACAAGCCUGAUGCGCGCGAGUGGCUAAUCGACUCUUGGAAAAGUGUAAAAUCACCCAUGGAGUUAGAAAGAGAGACACUACCACAAAAGGUCACAGCCAUUGGCCAUCAGGCUGUAGAGACUGUAACCCAAAAGCUGGGAGCUGCGGUCCCCGAUGAUUUCGUGCUACACAAGAAUCUAGAGCGCAUCCUCGUUCAUCGCAAGCAGACUGUCGACUCUGGAACGGAUAUUGACUGGGCAACAGCUGAGGCUCUCGCUUUCGGCACACUAUUGCAGGAGGGCACGACUGUACGUGUCUCCGGACAGGAUGUAGAACGAGGUACCUUCUCUCAGCGACAUUCAGUCCUCCACGAUCAACAGUCCAACCAAACUUACACUCCGCUGAGUAUCCUGGGCGAAGGGCAAGGCCUCUUCAGCAUUACCAAUUCGUCGCUGACCGAAAAUGCUGCUUUGGGCUUCGAGUAUGGCUAUUCCUUAGCUGAUCCAAACGCCCUAGUGAUAUGGGAAGCACAAUUCGGAGACUUUGCCAAUAAUGCUCAGUGCAUUAUCGACAACUAUAUUGCAUCAUCUGAAGAGAAAUGGCUCCAAAGGUCGGGUGUGGUCCUUUCCUUGCCACACGGAUACGACGGCCAGGGGCCGGAGCAUACAUCAACUCGAUUGGAGAGAUUCCUGCAACUAGGCAAUGAGGAUUCAAGAUCUUUCCCAUCACCUGAGCAGCUGCAGCGGCAGUAUCAGGAUUGCAAUAUGCAAGUAGUGUGUAUGACCAGCCCAGCCAAUUACUUCCAUAAUCCGCUUAUCAUCCUGUUCUCCAAAUCUCUGCUCCGUCAUCCGCUUGCUCGCUCGGAUAUCCAAGAUUUCACUGAAAUGCCUUAUUUCCAACCUCUAUUGUCUGAGACUGAGCACGGAAAAACCGUAAAUGACCCCCAAAGUAUUAAGCGUGUCAUUUUCUGCUCGGGUCAGGUCUAUGCUGCCUUCUCCAAGCACCGCGAAACCCAUGGUCUGAAGGAUACAGCCAUAACACGAGUCGAAGAACUCCAUCCCUUCCCUUGGGAACAAGUACGGCAGAACCUGGAUACUUAUCCCAACGCAAAGGAUAUCGUCUGGUGCCAAGAGGAAGCACUAAAUGGGGGUUCCUGGAGCCAUGUGAUGCCGCGCAUGGACCUCAUCUUGCAAAGGACAGAGAACCACGGAGACAAGAGGGUGAGGUUUGCAGGGAGAGACCCGGCAUCAGGUGUGGUUGUGGGGUAUAAGGUACUGCAUGCACUGCAGGAGCAGAUUCUAUUGAAUGAUGCUUUUCAAAUUGAAUAG